GUCCGCGACCGAUACCGCGAACACCUGUUCAACUUCCGCCACCGCACCCUCCCGCGACACAAGGUUCGAUUGCAGACUAGGAUAUACCGAUUCAUCCUUGAAAGAAGAAGGAAGAAACAGGCGGGUGGGAGAUUGGUGGAUAUCAUCCGCCGCCAGAGCCGGCGGUUGGUGUAUGGGACCGGUGCCCAAGCGCUGCCGCAGCGCAAAACCGACGCCAACGACAAGAUGACGUCCCCAUACACCCACGGCUACACCGGCCAGUAUGGCGCCAACGAACAAUCGUAUGAAUCCGGCUCCCGCCGCCGAAAACUCGCCGCCAUGGCCGGUAGCGUCUACCGCGCCGGCGUAGCGGCCGCUUCCGAGAUCCGCGAGCAAUACAGCCAAACCCGCCUGACGCGCGACAUGGGUGAUGGAUCGCCAGAGCAGGUGCACAUUCCGGGCGCGUUCCCGGAGGUACCUAUCAUUCACAAGGGACAGGAGCAGCUGAUUUUGUUUCCUUCGUACGCAAAGCGGCAUGUCAAGGGUAUUCACCUGCCUAGGCGGCCUUCGGACUUGGGUGGGAAUGCGUACGGCACACCGAACGGAGGCGGGAACGGUAUUGGCCCUGGAGUGGAUGAGCGGGAUUACUGGACAGCAGAGUGGAACAGGCAUGAGGAUGAGAAGGCUGUGGUGGAUGUGGACAUUCGAGGCUGGAUAUAUAUGCCACCUAAGGGCCCGAUGUCGAGGAAGAAUCGCAUGGUGCUGGGGGUUGCGAGAAGGCUGAGCGGGCUACCACAGACUGCAGCGCUGCAGGCAGGUGCAGGGUCGCAACAGGGAGGCGGUGAUUUGCGGAGGACGGUGACUGAUCUGGAAGGGCUUGGGGAAGAGGAAAGGAUCGCGAAGGAGGCGAGGGAGAUUGAACGGAGAGGACAGGGCGAGAAGGAAGCGGCUAUCAGAGGCGAGUACAGUGAGCGGCCUAGGGCUGAUGAUAUGGAUGAUGGGUUUGGCGCAAUGAGGCAACGACGCUCGCCAUCGCCGCCGAGUUCGACAGCGCCGGUGAGGACGAACUCCGGCUUGGGAGCAUUUCCCUCGGAGAUGACGGAGGCGGAAUUAGCGGCUGCGAACGCGAAUCUGAAUGCGCGGUUAGCGCCCUUCAUGGCUACGCCGCUGGUCGGGUUGCCCAUCACGCUCUUCUUCUACAACGAUCAGCGGUCCAAGUCCAAGACGAUUGAGACGAAUGCGUCAGGUCACUUUAUCGCUCGCGUACCGUUGGACUUUGUCCCGACACACUUCCGAGUGCUUGCCAACGAGAACAUCUCAACCACCCAGCCUGUCGAGGUUAUCGAGCCAAGGGGAGUCAGUUUGAUCAGCGAUGUCGACGACACCAUUAAGCGGUCGAAUAUCAAUGGUGGUGCCAGGGAGAUUUUCAGGAAUACUUUCGUCCGUGAUUUGGCGGAUCAGACUAUUGACGGUGUCAAGGAGCUGUAUACUUCUCUGCACAAUAUGGGAGUGAAGCUGCAUUAUGUUUCCAACAGUCCGUGGCAACUGUACCCCGUCUUGGCUACUUUCUUCUACAAGGCUGGGCUACCUCCUGGUUCGAUAGACCUGAAGCAGUACAGCGGUAUGCUGCAGGGUAUCUUUGAGCCAGUUGCCGAAAGAAAGAAGGGCACUCUGGAGAGGAUACUACGCGACUUUCCUGAAAGGAAGUUUCUCCUUGUGGGCGACAGCGGAGAGGCUGACCUGGAGGUCUACACCGACCUGGCGCUGGCUUAUCCCGGUAGGAUAUUGGCCGUGUUCAUCAGAGAUGUCACCACACCCGAGCAGGUGGACAUGGGGUAUUUCACUUCGAACACACAGGCUACGGACAGGAACAAUGGACUUGAGAGAAGCGACAGCGGCAGGAGGAGAGCACAGACUAUGCGGGCUGCUACGGCCACGAACACUAGAGACGUGGCGCCGCCGCCGCCGAAACUUCCGCCACGGUCGUCUCCUCAGCCUAAGGGGCCCAUCAUGGGUGAUCUAAUUGAUCUAUCGGAUGACCCCCCUCAACAGCCUGUACAUGACCCUCGAACCAGCAGUCUCAACGCCAUGCAUGCCAGUAGAUCAACAGGUGACAUCCCGCAAAGGAAAGGACCACCACCACGUCCCGCCAAACCCACAGCACUACGCAGCUCGCCAGCAGAGAUCAAUACCGGCGGUGCUCCUCCCCCUCUGCCACCAAAGCCCCGCGAAUCUCCCCGUCCAAACACUUCGCAUCAGAACUCCUCCGCGUCAGCGCCCGGGUCAGGAUCAGGAUCCAGAGGUCCCGCUCCUCCCCCUCCACCACCCCGUCGCACCAGCACCAGUCGCACUUUAGGAAGUGGCAAUGGUGGUCGCUCCAACACCUUCCUCCCCGUCCGCCCCGCUACGUCUUACGACACCAUGAACGGGGUCAACGGCGCGUCUGUGUAUGCCACUAGUAACUCUGCUUCAGGAGGAGGCGCGAACUCGCCGGUGAACAAAAAGUUGGAGAUUUGGCUGAGACGAUUGGCAGAGGCACAUGAGCUGUUGGAAAAGCAGGGGGUCAAGUUGUAUACGUGGAGAGAGGGGAGGGAUGUGGUGGCGGAGGCGGAGGGGAUUGUCAGGGAAGCGAUGAGGGGGUUUAACCAAGGGGUGGGAGGGAGGAGGUCAUAGUGUGAUGGCUGUGUUGGUAGCUGUGGAGAUAGUAUUGAGGUGGAGGAGGUUAUCUGGGAUGCGGAUUUGUAUGUUUACGGGGAUGGGGAACGGAGUGAUAGGGGUGGGAAGUGGUAUAGUUUGAGGUCUUAUAAGUAUACCCAACGCGACAGUAAGGACAGGAGGAGGGCAAGGUGGUCUACGGGUAUUGUGGGCAAUAUGUUAGGACGUUGAGGGCAGGGCAUAGAGGGAUAUGGGUGAAGCAUCGAAGAGAUUGGUAUAUAUUGGUAAUAUAUAGACACACCUUUUAUUCUUAAAGCGGGUAAAGAGAGCUGCUUUGCGAUCAC